ACUUGUUAUUGUUAUUAAAAUCAAAGAAAUUCGAAACUUUUUUUUAAAUUCUUUCUGCUGACUCGUCUCUUUUUCCCUGUUCCCCGAACUAAUUGAAUUACGUGAAAUCACGCCUUAAACGAAAAUUGUGAUAAUUAAAAGUACAAAAAAAAAAUGGCAGAAGCUAUUGAUUCAAAAUUCAAGAUUGAACCGCAAGACGUACGAAGCCCGGAGCAAAAUAGUCUCGUGCACACGCCAAAUUCGAGCACGCAGAACACCGACGAGGAGGAUGACAGUGUCGGCGAGGACAGCACUCGUUCGAUGAGCUACAAGGAACGUCGUCGCAACGCCCAUACGCUGGCCGAGCAAAAACGUCGCGACAACAUCAAAAAAGGCUACGAAGAGUUGCAAGAAAUCGUGCCAAAGUGCAAUCAGAACGACGCGAGCGGCUACAAGAUCAGCAAGGCGGCAGUUUUGCAAAAAUCCAUCGAAUAUAUCUCGUUUUUGCACAAAGACAAGAAAAAGCAGGAAGAUGACUUGCAAACGUUACAAAAGGAGGUGAUGGCAUUGCGGAUAAUUCAGAAGAAUUACGAGACGAUGUUGCAAAAUCAGAAUCAGACGCCGAAUAAUGAGAGCACGUUGAGCGAAGACAUGAAAUUUGAAGUGCUGAAGAACGUGAUGGACGAGAUGUUUUUGAGUUUUGAAAAGUUACCGAUGGAUACGUUCGCGGAAUUGACGUCUUCGAGCACGGCAUGGGUCGAGGAGCACUGCAAACCGCAUCUCUUGAAGAAAAUUGUCAAUCAAACCAUCGAAAAAGUGCAGCAACAGCAACAAACGGAGUGAAUUUUCAUCAAUUUUAUUUCUUAAUUUGCUAUUUUUUGUCUGAGAAAUUGAAAAAAAAAAUUUAAAAAGGGGCAAAACACAAUCCUUAAAUUUUAAGACACCUAAGAAAUGCCUUUUACGCGUCGCUCUUACAAAA